UUGGGCGGUUUAAAAAGGGGGUAAUUUGAACGUAAACGUUAAUGUCCUCAUUUUGAGACAAGACUUGUACUGCCUCGGUACCCAACAUUCGCUGGAUUAGUCGUUUUAGGACGGUUAAAACGGAACAUGGAGCAGGACCACAGCUGGGAAUACGACGCCCCGUCGCACGUCGUGGACUUCAAGGAUCUUGACGGAGCGGACACCUCCGACCACUGGUUCGAACAACGGGCCAGUGGGUCUGAGGCUCAGCUGGCCACUCCGCUCAGCAGCGGCCAGCACUUCGGUGGAGCCAGUAAAGGAAACCUUCCUAAAGCCAUCGUCUGCCCCUAUGUGGAAGCGGAAGUCGACCCAGAACCCAGCGCCGACGUCGCACCUCCGUCUAACAUAAUCACUUCCUGGGGUCCGAGACAAGCUCCCAAUCGGAACGCAGCCCGUGGGCCCGCCGCACGGACCCGGACCAAUCCGUCUGCUCAGCCACGCAGGGUGUCUAAGAGGAAAGAGGCCAGCGCUCCAGCUGAAACCAGCAGCGCUCCAGUGGAGUCCACCAGCGCUGUGGUCGUUCCCCCUGUGAAAAAACAAAAAAGCAUGUUGUCCACUGAGUUUGUAAGGCAGCAGACUCUACGAAGAAGGAGCUCCGCGGGCCGCCCGGCUCCUAGGCUGAGCGGUAGCCUCCGUAGAAGCUGUCGGCGGCCGACUGCAGCCACCAGCAGCCCACUGCCCAACAGCACCGAGGCCCUCGAGCUGGAGCGCAUCAAGACUCUGCAGAGUGAGGUGGCAGCGCACCGGCGCCACAAUGAGGCCAGCUACAAGGCAGCGCUCGCUGGAGAUCACCUACCAAAGAGGCUGGUUCUGUCCACCACCAUUCCCAAGGAGUUCCACUUCUCGACUGACUCGCGUGUCAGGCCCAGCUCCAGCACCGCUAGCGACCAAGGCAACUUCCAGGCCCAGCUCCGAAAACACCCGUCCUCUCCGUCCAAGGGGCCGAAGGGAGCCACGGUGCCCAGGCCCUUCAACCUCUCCGUGGGUAGCAAGCGCCGGGCGGAGGACGCCACCACCCAGCCCUACGUCCCCAUCGCCGAGCAGAUCGCCGCCUUCCAGAGACGCACCCCCGACCGCUACCACCUGCGCAGCCGCCAGAUGCAAGGGAGAGGGCCGUCCCAAGUGAAGGGGGAGCAUCUGAAGAUCACCCAGCCCCACACCCCCCAGCUGAUGACCCGCCAGCGCAGCAGGCCCACCCUGAUGAAGAGCCACACCGAGCUGGAGGACGAAGAGGUCGAGAGGAUGCAGAAGUUCCAGUUCAAGGCCCUGGAGCUGAACAGGAAGAUCCUGGAGGGCGCGCUGAACCCCAAGAAGCCGGCGGCCAAGGAGCCCACGCGGACCCAGGGCUUCGAGCUGCAGGUGGAGCAGCGACUGCAGCAGCGGCAGGCGGGCCGCCAGCCCGAGGAAGAGGAGAGGCCCGUCGUGUUCCACCCCCGGCCGCUGCCCACACGCCUCCUGGCGGAGGUGGUGGGAGUCCCAGAUAAGAAGGUGGCCCACCCCACAGUCCCAGAGUCCCCCGCCUUCGCCCUGAAGAAGAGGGUCCGCUUGGAACCUAAAGCAGAGGAGGUGAAGCCCCCGUCACCGCUCAGAGCCCACCCUGCGCCCCACUUCGGCCUCCCCUUCCAGCCGCGGCUGCCUGAGAAGAGCCAGGUGGGGUCGUGUCCCUUCUCCUUCGACGUGCGGGAGCAGGAGAGCAGGGUGCUGAAGGAGAAGAAGUUGGAGAUGUUGAGAAACGAGGAGGUACCAAAGUUCAAGGCGCAGCCCCUGCCUGACUUCCACGAGGUGAACCUCCCUGAGAGGAAGGUUCUGCUCUCCACCAAGCCCGAGCCCUUCAGGCUGAGGGUGGACGAGAGGGGCGGGGUGAAGACCGACCGCUGGGACAAAAUGGUGAAGGAGGAGCAGAAGCGCCAGGUGGAGGCCACCACCUUCAAGGCCCGGCCCAACACGGUGAUCCACAAGGAACCCUUCCAGCCCAAGAAGGAGAACCGCUGUGCUGCGGACGACACUAACCAUUCCGCAGUUCCAGAGGCCUUCCAGCUGUCUACGGAGCGCCGCGCCGUGGAGCGGCAGGAGUUUGAGCGCGCGGCCGCGGAGAAGGAGGCGCUCCGAGCCCGCAUGGAGGAGGAGCAGCGGCGGCUGGAGGAGGUGCGCGAGGUGGAGGAGGUGGCCAGGAUGCGCCACGAGCAGGUGCACAAGGCUCAGCCUGUCAGGAAAUACAAACCGGUGGAGGUGAGGAAGUGCGACACUGCGCUCACCGUGCCACAGUCUCCAAAGUUCUCUGACCGUUUCCACUUGUAGAGUUAUGGUUAGGCUCCUAACCCUUCCCUCUGUUGGGCCCUAACCCUUCCCUCUGUUAGGGUUACUGUUGGCCCCUAACCCUUCUCUCUUGUUGCCCUGACCCGUUCCUCUUUUAGUGUACAUUUUAAAGUUGUCUUGUUUUAAACCUGCACUUGUAUUUCCUCCUUUUUGUUGUAAACUUUAAUAAAUUUUAUUUACAACAG